UCCUCCGCUGCGCUAAGGUCACCGCUGUCAUUCGGUAGCUAACCAACAGCCGAAGGAGGCGGAGGAGACCCAGCAAAGGAAGGUGCACGAAAGAAGCAGCUAAACUCAGCAAAAUGUCUCUGUCUAACAAACUCACACUGGACAAGGUGGACGUCAAGGGGAAGCGGGUCGUUAUGAGAGUCGACUUCAACGUUCCAAUGAAGGACAAGGCGAUCACAAACAACCAGAGGAUCAAGGCAGCCGUCCCCAGCAUCCAGCACUGCCUGGAUCAUGGAGCCAAGUCUGUGGUGCUGAUGAGUCACCUGGGCCGUCCUGACGGAAACGCCAUGCCUGAGAAAUACUCCCUGGAGCCCGUCGCUGCAGAGCUCAAGACCCUCCUAGGGAGGGACGUCACCUUCCUGAAGGACUGUGUGGGCCCUGAGGUGGAAGCUGCCUGUGCUGACCCCACCUCUGGAUCCGUCAUCCUGCUGGAGAACCUCCGCUUCCACGUUGCCGAGGAGGGCAAAGGGAAGGAUUCCUCUGGGAACAAGACGAAGGCAACCCAGGAGCAGAUUGACUCCUUCAGAGCGUCUUUGUCCAAACUGGGAGACGUUUACGUCAAUGAUGCCUUUGGGACGGCUCACAGAGCGCACAGCUCCAUGGUGGGAGUGAAUCUGCCUCAGAAGGCAGCUGGUUUCCUUAUGAAGAAGGAGCUCGACUACUUCGCCAUGGCUCUGGAAAAACCUCAGAGGCCCUUCCUGGCUAUCCUCGGAGGAGCAAAGGUGAAAGAUAAGAUCCAGCUGAUCAACAACAUGUUGGAUAAGGUUGAUGAGAUGAUCAUCGGGGGUGGCAUGGCUUUCACCUUCCUCAAAGUCCUCAACAACAUGGAGAUCGGUACCUCCCUGUAUGACGAGGAGGGCGCCGGCAUCGUCAAAGACCUGAUGGCCAAAGCUGAGAAGAACAAAGUCAAGAUCACGCUGCCCGUCGACUUCGUCACUGCUGACAAGUUCGACGAACAUGGUGACACCGCUACUUGCUGCGCCAAGUGGAACACAGAAGACAAAGUCAGCCAUGUCAGCACGGGAGGCGGAGCCAGCCUGGAGCUGCUGGAGGGUAAAGUCCUGCCAGGUGUGGAUGCCCUGAGUAACGCUUAAACCUUCAUCAACUGGAGAGCGAGUGUGUGUACGAGAGGUGGUUAGCUACGCAGCCAGACUCCUGUUUACUCCCAGAACAUCCCCAGAAGUGAAAUAAGACAAAUCCCAUCUUAACCCUGCAGCCGUUUCAUGUUCAGUCUUUGUUUUUGAAGUUGUGACUCAGAGGAGGAAAACAUCACCUCACACCUGCUGUCGUUAAUGAGUAGAGCGCCCUGCCUUACUUCGACAUGCUUCUCAAAGCCACUCUGCUGAAAGUAGGAGCCUUUACUUAACGGUUAGGACAAAAAAGAUCAACCUCAUCAAGGUGGAAGUCGUUUCUUUCUGCUGAAACACAAACGGCCUCUGCACUGACUGAAUCUGGGUUCAAACAGCAACGUCUGCUUCACUGUAAACUUCCGCAGUGGCUCGUGUGUGUAAAUGUUUUGCUGCGUCACUUUUGCCUCCCUGGGAACGUCACUACACCACCCUGAGUGUGUAUACAUGCAGAGUGUAUAUAUUAAAAUAUAUGAGAGAAAUGGUAACUUGGUGUGUUACAUUUUGUCUGUUGGCACUAACGUCUGCUCUGGUCGUCUGUCCUCUGUGGUGGUUGUUGGUUUCGAGCGGCUUCAGACUGAGAUGUCUCGGCUGAUCGGUUCAGGCUAAUAAAACUGUCUCUGUGUUAAAAA